AUGCCAACGGUGCCUCCUCAGCAUGAGAUGAUCAUCCCAACUAAGCCUUCGGUUCCUAUAAUGUACUCUUUCGUCGAGAGUCCUCAACAGCUCCAAGGAUCCAAGGCCCUCGUGAUAUUUUGCAGCGGUCUGUGUGAUCCGAUGAAUGUCUGGCUGCCAACGCUCGCGGCCAUAGCAAGAAAGAGAAAGCAGAAGCCCCUCCUCCCGAUGCUCCUUUACGAUCGCUUUGGUUCUGGUGCAACUGGUCCGGAUCCGACAGACAAAGGCAAAGGCGCAAAGGAUACGCACGAUGUUAUGGACUCUGUUCACGACCUGCGAGAACUGCUUAUCUGCAUAGCACAGCGGCACCUUGCCGUACUGCCAACUGAGAUCGAUGCUCUGCGACUAGUGUUCGUGGCCCAUUCGAUGGGCGCUAUCAUCGCGGAGCUCUACGCCAAGACAUACCCGAGAACCGUGGCCGCAUUGCUUGUGCUCGAUGGAGCACCCACAAAUUCUGAUGGGCAGAACUGGUAUCCAGACCCUGAUACUUUAGACUUUUCACCGGCUGCACUGCCCGAGGGGGUCACGGCCGAGCUCUUGCGAAGGGCAAGAAAGCAACAGCGAGCAAGUGUCUACAACCCGAACAGCGUAAACGGUGAGCAAUUAAGGUGGAGCAAUGUUUCAGACUAUAUCCCGAUAGUUGGUGCUCCCAAACUAGAGGGUCCAACUGAUGGUACCCCGCUGCUUACCGUAAUGGCGCAUGAUCCGGUUCCAUUUGCAAAGCAGGUAAAGAAGGUCAGUCGAUCCAUCGUGAAUCACACCAAGCUUGCUAUGUGGGGAAUCGGAAUAUCAACGUCCAAGGACUGA